CUGGUUCGUCCUUCCCCGACCCUGUCACAACGAAUACUCGUCGAGACCGAAGUUUCAUCGUUUUGGUACAGUUACCACUCGACACAUUGUGCGUAGACAUAUUUUAAAUCGUGUAAUUCGAUCGGCAAUCAAUUCCCACAGAAAAUCGAACGUUGGUUAAUCUCGUUUGCAGUUACACGCGGUCAGUGACUUUUUUUUAUGAAAUUUCGCUGAUAUCGAUUCGGAACUAUCGAGAUUCAAUCGACGAGGAUAGUGCCCGGCGUUUAGUAAACGAGAGUAUAGAGUUUUGAAAUUAAUCGACGUUUUAACGUACCACGAAGUGACUGACAGCAGACACGGGAGAAAUACGGCGGUACGUCUGAAAGAAGAAAUCAGUUUGGAAUCCUUGGGCCGACGGUGUACACGUGUCCUGUGAACCGACUUUUAUCGCAAAAUGGCUCCGACCGUUUGCCUUUCGGAGCUCCCAAUGGUGAGAAAAUCGGCGAUCACGUGUUCACGCAGACGGCAACGGGUUUCUUCCGGUGGGGCGGUCGAGAAGCACCAGAGAUUAGAAUUGAGGAGGAUAGAAUCGAAUCCGGCGGUCCACGAGGAAUUAUCGUUAACGCCACCGGAAAGUCCGGUUUGGGAGCCGGAGUAUUCGAACGAUUCCUGCGGCCCGACGAUCGUCAGUUCUUCCUUACCGACCGUUUCGGCUCGAGUUCCGGCGGACGUGGGGGAACACUGGAAAGUCUUUCUCGCACGACGGAAAGGUCUUCUAGACAUUGUCGUGCGUACAAUGGCUUUGGUCAGACGAAACAACAUUCUUCAAGAAAAGGUAAACGCGUUGAGCGCGGAGACUCGUGACUUCAUCCACUCUGUUCUAAAUAAUCCCGAAAACAAGUCCACGCAACAAAGAUUAGACGAUGACUCGGACUGCAAGGACGAAGACGUGUCCUCCACAACGGAAAAGACAUACUCAAGACUACCGUCUCUUCCACCGACCCCAGGCUCUACGUAUUCUUCGUCCUAUGAUGUCACAUCCAGUUGCGGCAGCAGUGAGCACGAUGAAGAAUCGUCGUUAGAUGAAUUCUCCUCGUCCGAAAACGAGGAAUCAUAAACAUAAAGUUUCGUGCACAGGCGAGAGGUUAUCUCGACAUGGCACCAAUGAGAAAUUUUCGAAAGAUUGUACACACGCUUUGACCAUCGAGUAUUGGACGAUGAUAAAAUCGUUUCUUGACUGCG